GCCAGUUAUUCAGUUAGAUCAAAAUUUUAGUCAAGUAAAUUCUACCCAAGAAAAAUUCAGAAAAGAAUUUGUAAAAAAUAUUCGAGGCCCUCAAAUGUCAGACAAAAAUAAAUCUAGUCCCAAUCCCAGUCUACAGUUCAGCUCGGCCAUUGGCAGCCCCGAGACCAGGCGCAAAAUGUUGCUAUUCAAGCAGCUGCUGCAAAAGGAGCUGGUUAGGGAUAAUAUGAGGCCUCGAAAAGUUGUUAAUGUUCGGCAUCGGAGGCGACAGCAGCAGCAAGAACAAGAACCACAAGCCGAAUCAAAUUUUUAAUUAUGCUUGCGUGCAUUUUUGUUUCUGAUAUUUAAACACAUUCUUGGGGGGUUUUUACGCUGCGAAAAACCAAAACAUAUUUCAUUCCGUUUUUCAAUUAUCUUUUCUCGGCCAAAAUAAAAAUGUCGUUAAAUA